UUGAGACUAAACUACAUCCGGGUCAACCGAACAUCCGCGUACUGCUCGCAAUUAUGGCCCAAGGUAAAAAGAAGUUUAAAGCGCAGCGCCCCGGGGCAUCAAAGAAACCCCAGCAAAACAAACAGAAAGGACCUAAAAAGGGGGGAAGGGUUAUUGCACCUAAGAAGGCUCAGGUAGUUCAGCAGCAGAAACUCAAGAAGGGCCUAGACAUUGCCAUCAGGAACAAGAUUGAACAAGAGGUGACCCAAAAGGCCAGCUCCUCUCUCCACAAGCGGCUCAGUGUGCUUAAGGGGGCUGAGCGCAAGGGACCCCCAGGAACCAACUCCAAAUAAAAAAAGGCACAAGACCGAACUCCAGGCAGACUUGAUUGGAGUACCAUUUUAAUAUAAAGCUGCUAAACUGAGUUCUGCGGAUUGUCAUGAGCUAAUGUAAUACCAAUAGAUUUUCUCCCUUCAUGUUUAACUUCAUAUAUUUAAGGUGCACAUGGAAAAAAACUUGCAUUAAAUGUAAGCCUGCUUUCUAGCUGCACAUUUUCAACAAAUUUCAAAGACUGAAAACAAGAACACAGCGUUUUGUUGAACCAUCACAAAAAUACCCACUGGGGGAACCAUUGCACCAAGCAUAAAGAAACUUAAUGAA